CCUGUGCCCCGGCCGGUGGUCGCAUCCCCCAUCCUUCCAUCUCCUCCCUGGGGAGCUCUGGCCCCCAUCAGCCCAUCCCGCUCUCUCCACCAUCUCUUUCUCUGCCUCCCCUCUCGCUGCCCCUGAAUCUCCCCUCUUCCUAACCCCGGGUCUCCCCUCUCUCUGCCCCUCAGUCUCCCCUCUCUGCCCCUGGUCUCCCCUCCAUCUCAGGCCCUUUAUCCUACCCCCCCCCUUCUUUUUCGUCCCUCCCCUAUUCUUCUCCCUGGUCUACUUUUGUUCCAUGUCCUCCAGAGGGUUAGGCGUGGGGACAGUGCUGGGAGAGGUGGGUCUCACCAGGCAGGGCCAAGGGAUUCUCUUCCGCUGUCCUGGGGUUGGAGAGACAGGCGAAGAGGUGAGCAGGCACCUUUGGGGGUGGAGGGGGGCAGGAAUACCGCAGGAUUCGAGGACAUCCUGAGAUGUGCGAUGACGGUGGGGGGGGCAGUUGGAUUUAACUUCAGUGCUCAGGAGAAGUUAGGAGAAAAGGAAAGACACACACACACACUCAGAGCCCUCCGUGCACACACUCAGAGCCCUCCGUGCACACACCCGCUAUGGCAGGAACACUGAUACCUCCCCCUCUCCAGUCCCUUUGCCUCUUUGAACCUCAGUUUCUUCAUCUCCGAGGAAAGGAUUGGACGUGGGUGACAUAAAGGUCCCCUGGCUUCACCGGUGCAUGUGCUUCUGUGAUGACAGGACACAGAAAUCUCACGCGUGAUUUCUCUUUGGGGCUGUUGGCACAAGUGCGUUGGUGUGGUUGAGCCGGGUUAUACUUUGGUUCAACAAGUGUUUAUUGAAUGUGCGCCAGGCACUGUGCUAAAUGUCUCACGCAUUGAUUCAUUCACCCACUCAUUCAUUCCUGCGCCUGGCUUCUGGCUGUGUGUGUGUGCGCGCGUGUCUGGUGGGUCCACAUGGGGAGUGGAGUGUGACAAGUUAAGAUGCACUCAGACGUGCAUAUUCAUCUGUGAAAUGAAAUUGAAGCGGGGGAGACUGUAUGCGUACAUUUGUGUACAAACAAUGAACUGCUUUGAUGGGCAGUGCCCAGGAGCGAGAAUCGAUUUCUCUCCCCUCCUCUCCCCUCCUCUCUCUCCCCUUCUCUGUCUCUGUCUCUGCCUCCCUCUCUCUCUCUCUCUCUCUCUCUCUCUCUCUCUCUCUCUCUCUGCCCCCUGUCUCCCUUUGCCUGUUUCUCUUGUAUCUUCUCCCUGUGUGUGUCUCUCUCCCUCUCUGCUCUUCCCUCUGACUCUACAUCUCUCUUUAUCUCUUGUCUCUUUCUCCACCUUUUUUGUCUCUCUCACCAUUUCUCUCCCUCCCUCUAAUCUCUCCUUCCCUCUGUCUUUCUCUUGCAUCUCCCUCCCAGUCUCUCUCUUCUCUCACAUCUCUCUCCCUCUCUCUGAAUCUCUCUCCCCUAACUCUCUGUGAGAAGCUAGCAGUUACCAGCCAGCCAAUCCCUGACCCCCCCCAACCCUGACCCUCAGAUCCAAGACCUGGGUCAGUCUCUCUCCCCUGGACCCUCCUGCCCACACACUGGGAAUCUCUGACGGGACAUUUUUCACAGUCCAUGGGUCCAAAGGAAGGCUUGAGGACAGGGCCUUCAGUCCCACCCAGACAGCUCCAUGGGACAUCGGGGGCCUAAGGGAGCAAGGCUGGGACACUUGGGGACAGUAGGGCAGUACGAUGAGCUGCCCCACUACCCCGGCAUCGUGGACAGCACUGCAGCCCUGGCUGGCUUCUCGGAGGCAGUGCCCUCGGCACCGAGAGCCCCCGGGCCCUACGGCCCCCACCGGCCUCCCCAGCCCCCGCCCCUGGGCUUGGAUAGUGAUGGCCUGAGGAGGGAGAAGGAUGAGAUCUACGGACACCCGCUCUUCCCGCUGCUGGCCCUGGUCUUUGAGAAAUGUGAAUUGGCCACGUGUUCUCCCCGUGAUGGGGCUGGGACUGGGCCGGGCACACCCCCAGGCAGUGAUGUAUGCUCCUCCGAUUCCUUCAAUGAGGACAUCGCAGCCUUUGCCAAGCAGGUCCGCUCCGAGAGGCCUCUCUUCUCCUCCAACCCGGAGCUGGACAAUCUGAUGAUACAAGCCAUUCAAGUGCUCCGUUUCCACCUGCUGGAGCUGGAGAAGGUCCACGACCUGUGCGACAACUUCUGUCACCGCUACAUCACCUGCCUCAAGGGAAAGAUGCCCAUCGACCUGGUCAUCGAGGAUCGGGACGGCGGCUGCAGGGAGGAUCUCGACGACUACCCGGCCUCCUGCCCGAGCCUCCCAGAUCAGAAUACUACAUGGAUUAGAGACCAAGAAGACAGCGGGUCUGUACAUUUGGGGACCCCGGGUCCAUCCAGCGGGGGCCUGGCCUCCCAGAGUGGUGACAACUCCAGUGACCAAGCACAGCAUGCCUCUCCCUGCUCAGGAGAUGGACUAGACACAAAUGUGGCCUCUCCCAGUUCUGGGGGAGAGGACGAAGAGCUGGACCACGAGCGCCGGCAGAACAAGAAGAGAGGGAUCUUCCCCAAGGUGGCCACCAACAUCAUGAGAGCCUGGUUGUUCCAGCACCUCUCGCACCCGUACCCCUCAGAGGAGCAGAAGAAACAGCUGUCCCAGGACACGGGGCUCACCAUCCUACAAGUCAACAACUGGUUCAUUAAUGCCCGGAGACGCAUCGUGCAACCAAUGAUCGAUCAAUCCAACCGCACAGGGCAGGGUGCAGCCUUCAGCCCAGAGGGCCAGCCCAUGGGGGCCUACACGGAGACUCAGCCACAAGUGACUGUCAGGCCCCCAGGAUCAAUGGGGAUGAGUUUGAACUUAGAAGGAGAGUGGCAUUAUUUAUAGAGGCUGGAGUCAGGGGAGAUGUGAGUGUCCUAGGUCUAGGGGCACUAGGUUGGAGAUUGUGCUAUUCUCAACCCCUCGUAAGACCUCCAGACUCCAACAGUGAGCCCACCCAGAGCAGGGUCAGCCUGCGUCUCUGAACUGAGGGUUCUCCAAUUCAUCCAUCCAUCCAUCAAUUCACCCAUACAUAUAUUUAUCCAUCCAUCAAUCAUCCACCAACCCCCUCAUCCAUCCAAACAUACAUUCAUCCACUCAUUCAUUCAUCUAUCCACCCACCUAUCCACUCAUCCAUCCACCUCCAAACUGAUCCAUCCACCCACACAACCACCCUCCUAUUCAUGCAUUCAUCCACCUACCUACCUACCUGCCUACCCAUGGAUCCAUCCAUGUGUGUAUCCACCACCCUUCAUCCAUCAGAAGAUACAGCUACCCACUCAUUCACCCACCUCCACAUUGAUCCCCCCACCCACAUGUCCACCCACUUGUCAACUUACCCAUGCAUUCACGCACCUACCUACCCACCCACUCAUCCACCCAUCCACGUAUUACAUACAUUUCCAAACAUACAUUGACAUGCCUCAGGUAGGGUCCAGCUCUUGAGAAGAUUCUGGGCUCAUGAGGAAGUGGACAUUAGAAAUCAAUGGCAAUCUAGUCCAACAGUUCAAACAAUAAAACACAGCUAUCAUCAGCUAUCUCUGAGAUAUCAGGGAAGACUUUAUAGAAGAAGUGGCUUCUGGGUAGGACAUUGAAGGAUGAAUAGGAGACCACUGGGCAGAAGGUUGGGGGCAAGGUAGCAGGGUGCGUUCUUUUACUCUCCCAAGUCUUAAGUCUAGAGUAUCUUCUCAGUCUUUACAAUAACCCCAAAAGAGAGAAGCUCUUAUUAUUUUCAUUUUACAGAUAAGAAAACUGAGGCUCGGAGAGAAGAGUUCACUUGUGCAGGUUCACUCAGCUUAGAAAAGCAGAGGGAACAGCAUGUGCAAACGCCCAGGGUUGAGAGGCUGCCUGGAGUUUCUAAAGCAGCGGCCAUGGCUCACAGGCCCAGCCACUCUGCGGCAUGUGGGAUCUUCCCGGACCGGGGCACGAACCCGUGUCCCCUGCAUCGGCAGGCGGACUCUCAACCACUGCGCCACCAGGGAAGCCCCACAGAUCAGAUCUUGACUCUCCUUGGAUUAAAACCCUUCUGUGGCUCCCUAGUGCCCAUUGGAUGAGGUCCAAACUCCUCGGUUUGGCAUCUGUUCAUUCAUUCAUUCCAUACACAUUCCCUGAGCAACUGUGUGCCCAGCCCUGUGCUGGGUGGUGAUGGGGACACAGCAGUGACCAUGACAGCCCAGCCCUGUGCCCAUGAGGCUCACAGUCCAGUGGGGGAGACAGAUCUGUCCCCAGACAGUAAUGACCUACAGUAGGCAGGGCUGGGAGGAGGGAACCCAAGAACUGGAAGAACCCAGAGGGGGCAUCGGGCCUAGGCUGGGGUGUUCAGGGAGGACUUCCUGGAGGAGGGCACUUUGGAGCUGAGACCAGGAGAAUAAGAGGAGUGAGACAGGAGAGGAAGGAACAGUAUAUGCAAAGGCUAUAAGACAGUCCCUCACUACACACACACGUACAUACAAAGGGACUGGGCUGGGCUGAGGCUGGUGUGUCAAAUGGGUGAGUAAUGAAAUCAAGACCCACAGAAAGGCUGGGAUAUGAGAGUGGAGACCUGCAAGGGCUUAGGCUUGGAGAGCACUGGAGGCCUGAGCCUGGGAGGAGAGGUUUGUUCAGUGCCCGGCAGGUCCUGGGGGGUCUCAGCUCUGCCCUGACCAACUGCAGACAGGUGAGCCCUGGUCCAGAGUCAGGGGACCUCUGGGACCAAGAGUGAUGGAGGGAGCUUCUUAUCCUGCUCCCCAAGCAAGCUGCCUUUUCUCCCCACUCUUUUCUGUCUCUCCCAAUCCCUGCCUUUUCCUCUUUGUCUCUCCCUUUAUUUCUGUCUCUCUCAUUCUUUCUCUUUCCACAUCUCCAUCUCUGAUUAUCUCCAUGUCUCUUCUCUAUCCUGCUCUGUCUGUCCCUCUCGCCUUAUCUUUUUUUUUUUAAAUUUAUUUAUUUUUGGCUAUGUUGGGUCUUUGUUGCUGCACGCUGACUUUCUCUAGUUGCAGCGAGUGGGGGCUACUCUUCGUUGCGGUGCAUGGGCUUCUCAUUGUGGUGGCUUCUCGUUGCAGAGCACAGGCUCUAUGUGCGCAGGCUUCAGUAGUUGUGACAUGAGGGCUCAGCAGUUGUGGCUCACAGGCUCUAGAGCACAGGCUCAGUAGUUGUGGCACACGGGCUUAGUUGCCCCGCGGUAUGUGGGAUCUUCCCGGACUAGGGCUCGAACCCGUGUCUCCUGCAUUGGUAGGUGGAUUCUUAACCACUGCGCCACCAGGGAAGCCCUCCUUAUCUUUAUCUCUUUCUUUGUCUUGACUGUCUCCUUGUCUUUUUUUCCUCUCUGUCUGUCUCUUUCCCUUCAUUUCUGUUCUGAUUCUCUGCCUCUGUCUCUGUCUCUCUCUCUGUGUCCCUCUCACUGUGGGGCUGGUGGGGACAGCGCAGAAGGCCUGAUGUAGGUCCAAACGCCCUCUCCAUCUCCUGACUUGGCCUCUCCUCUCCUUUCCACAGACCCCAACCUCUGGACUGUGACUGCCAGGUUCAUACCUGCUUCUGGUCGACGCCUGGCCCUCUGGCUUCAGGACCCCACCUCCUAUGGCCCCCCCAACUCAAUGCCUACCUCCCUGGGGCCCUGCCGGGACAUGAGGGGCCUGAGCACCCACUCGAGGGUCUCUCAAGGACAAAGACAAGGCCUCCAGGCCCUGUGCCCCACUUCUGCCCUCACCUCUGCCUGGAACCUGAGCUGAGAUCCUGGGCCUGGGAGUUCAGAAGAUGGCAGCUGGGUACCCCCCCACACCCCUAGGACAGAGAAGGGAUUGGGGGUGGGCUGGGGCCAUCAGGGAAGGAGGGUCACCCAGAUCCAACAUUUAGAGAGGUUCCCUUCAUCCUCCCAGCCCACCCUCUUUCCCCCUCCCCCACUCCCC